AGAAAGAGGUUUAGAAACUGCAAAGGCGAACGGGGAUGGGUUGCUGUACCUCGCUCCGGCCUGUGGAGUUAAAACGCUAAGGUAAGAAUCUCUUUGGCGGCGUAUUCCUCCGCUCUCUCGCAAGGCGGUCUUCGUCCAGCCUGCCGUGUCCCUCCGCCGCUUUUGGAGCACACAAGCAGGAGGCGCUUCUUCUGGCUGUGCGAGGAAAACAGGGGGUCUGGAAGGAAGACAAAAGACUUCAGCGCGCAGCGAGGAUUUGCCUCAGUGGGUCUGGCUCGGGGCGCCCGGUGUUUCUCGCGGAAGGAAGGACCGUGCCUGGGUUUGUUGUUGCUGCGCCGCAGGGUCGUCGUGAGGGGACUCGAGGACUUUUUCUCUCGGGGCCUGGCGGAUGGAUCUCUAGGUAGCUUUCCCAGAUAUCGUUCGCCUUCGUCGCCGCCAUCUUGGAUUUUAAUCCGCCAUUUUUCCCCUUGGAAUUAUUAUUUUUAUAUAUAUAGAUGAUUAUUUUUUUUCGCCUCUGGCCGAGAUUCUGGACGGCGGCGGCGGAGGCUUUGUGGACCUGCGGGGCCGCGGCUGGCGAAGAGGACUGCAGUGCCCAGGGGCAGCUAGGAGGAAGCUGAACUACAAUUAACAUCUUAAAGCCUUUGGAAGAAGGACUAAAUGCAACGGGGACAAAUUGCCUGUGGGAAUGAAGUGGCUGGGAGAAUCCAAGAACAUGGUGGUGAAUGGCCGGAGAAAUGGAAGCAGAUUAUCUAAUGAUCACCAUCAGAACCAGUCCAAAUUGCAGCACCCUGGAAAGGAAAAUCCAAAGACUGGCAAAAAUGGCGUUGAGAGACGGUCAAGCAGAUGUAUUGGUGGUUCGGGAUUUGAGGGCCAAAGUCGCUACGUGCCUUCCUCUGGAAUGUCUGCCAAGGAGCUGUGUGAGAACGAUGACCUAGCAACUAGUUUGGUUCUUGAUCCAUAUUUAGGUUUUCAAACACAUAAAAUGAACACUAGAUUUCGACCAAUAAAAGGAAGGCAGGAGGAAUUGAAAGAGGUGAUUGAGCGUUUUAAAAAAGAUGAGCACUUGGAAAAAGCCUUCAAGUCCUUGACAUCAGGUGACUGGGCCCGGCACUAUUUUCUUAACAAGAACAAAAUGCAGGAAAGGUUGUUCAAGGAACAUGUAUUUAUUUAUUUACGAAUGUUUGCAACUGACAGUGGAUUUGAAAUAUUGCCAUGCAAUCGGUAUUCAUCAGAGCAAAAUGGAGCCAAAAUAGUCGCAACAAAAGAGUGGAAACGAAAUGACAAAAUAGAGUUAUUGGUGGGUUGUAUUGCUGAACUCUCUGAAUUAGAAGAGAACAUGCUGCUCAGACAUGGAGAGAAUGACUUCAGCGUCAUGUACUCAACACGGAAGAAUUGUGCUCAACUGUGGCUUGGUCCAGCUGCAUUCAUCAAUCAUGAUUGCAGACCCAACUGUAAGUUUGUGUCAACUGGCCGGGAUACAGCAUGUGUGAAAGCUCUGCGAGAUAUUGAACCUGGAGAAGAAAUUUCUUGUUACUACGGGGAUGGGUUUUUUGGAGAAAAUAAUGAAUUCUGUGAAUGCUACACAUGUGAAAGACGUGGAACUGGUGCUUUUAAAUCAAGAGUGGGACUGCCUGCGCCUGCUCCUGUAAUCAAUAGCAAAUACGGACUCAGAGAAACAGAUAAACGUUUAAACAGGCUUAAAAAGUUGGGUGACAGCAGCAAAAAUUCAGACAGCCAGUCUGUCAGCUCUAACACUGAUGCAGAUACCACUCAGGAAAAAGCUAAUGCAGCUAACCGCAAAUCUAUUGGUGUAAAAAAGAGCAGUAAGAGUAGAACAUUAACAAGGCAGUCUAUUUCAAGAAUUCCAGCUUCAUCAAAUUCUACCUCAUCCAGACUAACUCAUCUAAAUAAUUCCAGGGUACCAAAGAGAUUGAAAAAGCCUGCAAAGCCUUUACUUUCAAAGAUAAAAUUACGAAACCAGUGCAAAAGGCCAGAGCAGAAACAUGCAUCUCGAAAACUCGAAAUGGGAAACUUGGUUCUGAAAGAGCCUAAAAUCGUCUUGUAUAAAAACUUGCCCAUUAAGAAAGAAAAAGACACAGAGGGACCAGUAAAAGUUGCCGUCUCUGGUGGCUGCUUAACGAGGCAUGCAGCACGAGAAUAUAAACUAAAUUCAGUGAAAGGUGCUCAUGAACCUGGGGAGAUAUCACCCUGUACGUAUAUAACAAGGAGGUCGAUGAGAACACGAAUGAAUCUGAAGGAGACCUCUGACUUAAAGCUUGAACCAAAUAUGCUGAAUAGCUAUAAAAACAAUUUGACUGGCGUGAGAACCGAUAGCUUGGAGCAGCAGUCUCUUGUGAUGCACGAGAGUGAGCAGGCUCAUGGGACAUCACACAAGCGGGAGGGUAGGUGUCAGAAGAGUGACAGGGUUGUGGCCAAAAAGAAAUCCCGACAAGGAAAACUGGUGAAGCCAUCUUUGAAAACGGAGGAAACUGAUGCUGCACACAACUUGUCUGGCAAGGACAAAGUGCCAGAUUUGAUCAGUUCACAUUCUGACCUAGGAGAGAUAAACAAUGUAGUGGAUUCAGCCAUUGGCUACAAAGACUGCAUCCCUUCCUCCGGUGGCUGCUCCAUUGUGACUUCGGACACUUUCAAAGUAAAGGACCGUUUUAGAACUGCAAAAAGCAAAAAGAAAAGGCGAAUCACAAGGUAUGAUGCACAACUAAUCCUUGAAAACAGCUCUGGGAUUCCCAAACUGACCCUUCGGAGGCGGCAUGAUAGCAACAGCAAGACAAACGACCAAGAAGAUGAUGGCAUGAGUUCUUCAAAAAUAAGCAUCAAACUUAGUAAAGACCAUGAAAAAGAUAAUAAUCUAUAUGUAGCAAAGCUUAAUAAUGGGUUUAACUCAGGAUCAAGUAGUAGUUCAACAAAAUUAAAAAUACAGCUAAAGCGAGAAGAAGAAAACAGGGGAACAUAUUCUGAUGACCUCCAUGAGAACGGGGUAUGUUGUAGUGAUACUCUUUCUCUGCUAGAGUCACGAAUGGAAGUGGAUGAUUAUAGUCAAUAUGAAGAAGAAACUGUAGAUGAUUCUUCAUCUGCAGAGGAAGAGGAGGAGGAAGAGGAUGAGUAUGAUGAUGAUUUUGAAGAUGAUUUUAUUCCUCUGCCUCCAGCUAAGCGAUUAAGGCUUAUAGUCGGCAAGGAUUCAAUAGAUAUUGACAUUUCUUCCAGGAGACGAGAAGAUCAGUCUUUAAGGCUCAAUGCAUAAGCUUACAGGUCUUAAACUGAACAGGAUGUCCAUUUUUUAAAAAAAACAAAAUUCCAAUUAAUUAUUCCUCAACUGAUGAACUUUCUGAAAAUGUUAGUGGAAGCACUUCUUUAAUGUUUAUUCACUUAUAUCAACAUAAUAUUGUAGAAAGUGUACAGCAUACUGACUCCUUAAGUCAUUUGUGCAGAUUUUUAUUGUACUUUUUAAUAGCCUUCUUAUGUGCAAUUCUAAGUUAGAAAAAUGCUCUAUUGUAAAAUAAAGGCUCAAGCAAAAUUACAAAAAUGCCAUCAAAUGUUUCCAUGCAGGUUAAUUAAAUCACAAUAAUGUGGCUUCACAAUUAUUUUUAAUCCGUGAGAGCAUUAUUUUGCUCUUACAUCUGACUAAACAAUCUUUAAAAAAAUCAUAGUAGCAGCCUAUUUAAGGUUUUCUAGUAUGUUAAUAUCACCAGCAAUGAACUAAAGCUUUUCAGUUUAUUUGCUAGAUGUUUUCCCCCUUGGAGUUUGUCAGUUUUAACACUGUAUGCUGUCCCCAGACGUACUGUUUGUGGCCUUUGUUAUAGUAGCAAACCGUUGGUUUGAAGUCAAAUUGAUUUCUUUAAAAAAAAAAGGUGUUGACAGUUUGCUGACUUUUAGUACAUUAUAUGUACAAAAGUAGCAGUAUGCAGAAUACCAAGUUUGGAUAUGGUGUAUUUAUUUCUUGUUAUGUAAAUUAAAACACCUUGUAUUUAACACUUUUUCGAUACUUUUAGAUAAAAUUGUUCUUUGCAAGAAUGAUUGGUGCUUAUUUUUUCAAGAACUUGCUGUGAAACAAUGUGAUUACAACAGGCAACAUUUAUCCAAUGAACUGCAGCUAUCUGAAUUGGAUCCUCAUAGUUUUCUGUUGCACUUGUAAAAUGCUACAAGGAAUUUAAAGAAACCUAUUCACUUUAACUUAUGAUAGUUUUAUGAAAUUUAAAAGAAAAACCUAAGUCACAGCUUUUGUUCUGUGGUGAUCUAUAAAAAUGUUUGUCUUUUGAGAUCCAGUGUAAAGGACUGAAAAAAUGUAUAUGUUGUAAAUAUUUGUGUGUUGUGAGAAAUUUUGUCAUAAAAAUUGAUAACUUACAGAAGGGUUUUUAAGUUUAGAAAAACAUUCAUGCCAAUAAAUAGGAAAUUAUAAACCUAGUUUUAAAUCAUUGAUAUUUUUUU